ACAGAUAAGUUUCCUCCAAUAAAAUCAGACCAAACUUAGCUUUAAGAAUCCCCUCUUUCACAGACACUGCCCCCUUUUCCCAACACAACACAAAACUUAAGACUACGACACACGCACACAUACAUAACACACUCAUUCUUACAUGGCCGAGGCACACCCUGAUCUCUCUCCUAUCUCCAUCCUCCAUGUCCCAGAUUACGUUUAAGCUUCUGGGUGCUCUAAAGAUUGUGAUUUUAUAGUCAGUAGUAGUCUAAAGUUGCAAUCUUUUUGUUUUUCUGGGUGGUGGGUGGUGGUGGAAAUGAACAGUGGUGGUGGUGUUGGGGUUGGGGUUGGUAGUAGUGGCGGUGGAGGUGGUGGUGGUGGUGGUGUGAGUGUUGGUGGUGGUGGUGGAGGGCUUCUGGCAAUGAGGUCUUGUUCUCCAUUUACAGUUUCUCAGUGGCAAGAAUUGGAACAUCAAGCUUUGAUUUUUAAGUAUAUGAUGGCUGGUUUACCUGUGCCACCUGAUCUUGUACUUCCUAUUCAGAAGAGUUUUGAGUCCAUUUCUCAUAGAUUCUUCCACCAUCCUACUGUGGGAUAUUGCUCCUUCUAUGGGAAGAAGGUUGACCCGGAGCCGGGACGCUGCAGGAGGACUGAUGGUAAGAAGUGGAGAUGCUCCAAAGAUGCAUACCCGGACUCUAAGUAUUGUGAGCGCCACAUGCACCGUGGCCGCAACCGUUCAAGAAAGCCUGUGGAAUCACAAACCAUGACACAGUCAUCGUCCACUGUGACAUCGCUGACUGUUAGUGGAAGCAGCAGUGGGACUGGAAGCUUCCAGAGUAUUCCGUUGCAUGCCUUUGGUAAUAUCCAGAGCUCUGGUUCUGCAACAAACCAAUCCCACUAUAACUUGGACUCUAUUCCCUAUGGGAUCCCUAGCAAAGAUUACAGGUACGCUCAAGGACUUAAGUCUGAUGCCGGGGAGCAUAGUUUCUUCUCUGAAGCCUCAGCAAGCAACCGGGGUCUACAGAUGGACUCACAGCUCGACAAUGCAUGGCCUCUUAUCCAAUCUAGAGUCUCGCCGCUCAAUGUAUCAAAGUCAGCUGAUCAUUCGAUAUUGCAGAAUGAUUAUUCCCAGCAAUCAUAUUUCAGCGGGGACUUUGCUACUGGAGAACCUGUGAAGCAGGGCGGUGGUCAGUCUCUUCGACCCUUUUUGGACGAGUGGCCUAAAUCUCGUGACUCUUGGUCUGGCCUUGAAGAUGACAGAUCCAACCCGACCUCAUUCUCGACAACUCGUCUUUCAAUAUCCACUCCAAUGGCUUCAUCAGACUUGUCCACGCCAAGUUCUCGUUCACCACAUGAUAACUGAGAUGAAGAACUGGUGGAUCUAGAGCAGGGAGUGACUUGGUAAAACGCCGAAAACAUUUAGAACAUUCGCAUUUGCUCGAGAAAAAUCCGUCGAGCUCUCCACAUACUUAUCAUUUUGUAUCAUGGUAAAAUGUUAUGGAUUAUCUGGAUAUAUGUAUGUGUAAUGCUACAUUCGAAAAGUUUUAAAAACUCCAGGAUUUUAGUUGUGGAAUAAAACAAACUCGAGCUGUGGUUAUUUCAGAAACCAAAACCUUUGUAAGCUGUUUUAAAAUCAGAAAGGGCACCAAUUUUUUUGGCCUUC